CAUUCACAGUCUUACAGAGAGAGAAAGAAGAGAGACAGAGAGAGAAAGAGAAAGAGAGAAAGCAAUAGCUCAUCCAACAGGACAGCCACCAUGACUCAUGAGGUCCAGGAUCCUAUGGUACUUAUCUCCCAAAUGUACCCUGAUGUAUACACCCAAGUGGUACCACAACAAGUGGAAUCCAAACCGCGGCGGAGGAGGAAGAAGAGCAAGGGAGGAGAAGCCUCUCUCAUUUCAAAGAAGAGGAAGCUCAGCCAGGAACAAGUGCAUCUUCUGGAACUGAAUUUCGGGAACGAACAUAAACUGGAGUCCGAGAGAAAGGACCGUCUUGCAUCGGAGCUUGGACUCGAUCCUCGCCAAGUUGCUGUUUGGUUCCAAAAUCGGCGGGCAAGGUGGAAGAACAAGAAGCUGGAGGAGGAAUACUCCAAGCUCAAGACAGCCCAUGAAAACGUCGUCGUUGAAAAAUGCCAUCUUGAAUCAGAGGUUUUAAAGCUCAAAGACCAACUUUGUGAGGCGAAAAAGGAGAUUCAAAGACUUGCGGAGCGUGCUGAUGGUGUCUCCAGUAACAGUACUCCAAGCUCUGAGCUCUCUAUGGAUUUUGUGGAACCUCCCUUUUUUGGAGAGUUUGGGAUGGAAGGAUACGGGGAUGUUCUAUACAUGCCUGAAACUGGAUAUGCUAGUGGGCUUGAUUGGAUUAACCUGUAUACUUAACUGUCUUGUCCCACUAUUGACUAGUUGUAGAUAGACCAAUCUAUUGUAAAUCGUUUUUUUCUUAGUCCUAUUUAAUGUAGUUUUCUACUAGCCAGUAUGUCAGCAAACUAUGGAGAAAUGUGCUUGAGUCACUUUGGUGCACCAUUCCCCGACCCUAUAUGUUAGCUGGGUUUGAUUGUCUCUCCUCCAAAGAGUGUACUCGCACGUUAGGAUAAAUGGGAGACCAUAAUUAAUGUCAAUAAUUGACUCAAGUGUAUAACUUGCCCUUUUUUAUUUCUAAAUGCCCUCUUGUAAUUAGUAGUAUAAUUAAAUCCUAAUCAAAUUC